GUCGUCGUCAUCGUCCGCGGAGCGAGAAUAUGCGCUCCUUUGCCGUGUGCCGAUCGUUGCGCGAUCCUCAUUGAGAAGUACGCGGUGGAGAAGGAAAGUGUGCUUUUUUGUUCGCUGCCGUUCCGCGCGGUAUCUAAUUAGUCUAAAAUCGCCGAGCAGAUAAAGGAUAAUCAAGUGGCCGGUUGGUGAAAUCGCGAGAGGACGACCAGAAAGGGCUAACUGCUGUAUGACGGUGGUACACAACACUGAAUUUGUUUAAUAUGGGAACGUGGUUAUAUUUGCUAGCCAUUCCGACACUGGCAGUGUUGGCCAGUGGGAAUCGAGAACACAAGGUUCAUAACAUCGUACUGUAUCCAGAUAAGCACUCGUGGUGUACCACACGAAACAUCAGUCAAGUGAUCAGUCAUCCAGGUUGCAAACAGGUGACGAUCGACAAUAAUGUAUGUGUAGGCGCAUGUUUCAGUUACUCCAUUCCGCACACGGAACCGUCGGAUCCCGGGGAAGUAUUAGGACCGUACUGCGACAGCUGUCAGCCGGAAUCGGAAACGAUUUGGCAUAACGUCACGUUGGAUUGUUCGGAAAAUUCCAAUCUCAACGGUGAUGAGGAAGCUAAACCCACCGUUUUGGUGAAGCGAGUACAGAUCAUCAAAAACUGUUCGUGCACUUCGUGUGAGAAACAAUCAGACAAAAAGCACCAGCAACAUCACCACCACCACCAUGAAGAACCGAUCCAGGUGGUGCAAGUGCAAUCAACUACGGCUUCCUUGAUCCAAAAUGACAUUCCGGAACUGCUGGAGGUUGUCCAUUUCAGUGAAAACGACACCGAGCCGGUUCAUCAUUCUCCGGUGCACUCCCAUCAGAGUGGAUCGCACGGUACGACCUAUCUUCAGCAGCACCAUUUGAACCAUUACGAGCACCACAGCCAUACCGAUAACGUUAAAAAACUAUUGCAUCAGAAAAUCUCCGGUUUGUUGAAAAGCAUACAGGAAACCAACUCCAAGCAGGACCGACAGGAACUGGUCGACAUGAUUAAACUGAUCAAGGGUUCCAGCGAUCGCAACUGGGACGCACUGGUGGACUCACUGAAAUCGGAAAACACCAUCCUGGAUAUUGAGCGACUACGGACCGAGUUGGAGCUGGAAGAGGAUCCGGCAGAGUUUCAUCCGCAACCGAAAACGCCCGAACAGGAAGAUCACGAGCGACUGCUCAAGCAUCAGUUCGACAUACUGAGUCCUCAUGCUAGUAGCGUCGAACAACACCCGCAGCAUCAUCACGUUGCCGGUGAGCGACUUGAUCAGCAUCAUCAUUUGGAACGAGGGCCUCACGGUGCGUUGGUCAUCGGAUCGGACGAGGACGAUGCGGUCUCCCGGAUGAAUCAUGGUCAUGAAAUCACUGAAAAGAUCAAUAUUCACCCGCACGAGCUGAAACCGAACCAUGCCGGGACUAUUCUAACCUAUGAUAAUCACCACAGUGAACAUCCGAGUGGAAAUGGUGGUGGCACCCAUCAUCGUCAUCAUCCGCAUCAUCAUCAACAUCAUCAUAAUGACGCCGCUCGCCACCACGACGACGACAGCCAAGUGAAGUCGAAUUGAGUUGCACGAGAGCUAAGUUUUAUUGUUUUUUGGUUUUUCUAGUCGUUAGUGAUCUUUGUUUUCAAUUCUUACCUUGGCUCUAAUCUUGCUUGUUUUUACCACCACAACCCCAUCCGUAAUCUCGGGUUGACAAUCGAACAAAUUUUAUUUUAGCGGUUAGUGUUUUCUGAUUUUUAUUGCUUCACCAGCCGGUUCCAUCGUGAUGUCGCCGGGCCCGGCCCGGCCCGGCCCGGCUGCUGUGUGGCAAUGGUUUUUCUUAUCACUCACACUUUUGAGCAAGGUGUUGUGUUUUAGUACGCGUAUUUACUCUCCAUCAUAGAUGAGGUUUUAUUUCCUAAUGUUUAGUAUUUAUUUUUAUGUUUUCUGUUCGGAAGCUGGUCUACGCAGAAGAGAUUUGAGUUGAAGAUGCACUAAAAAAAAUAAAUAUAAAAAUUACCGUAACAUGCAUUGUAUUUUGCCCAAAAAUAUCGUUUGGCGCUGGAGCAGUGGAGCUUACAGUUACAGAAGUUAUGCAGAAAAUUUCGGAGAAUAAAUUACAAUGUGACCCUAAUCGA